AUGGAUGCGCGCCUUCGCCGAGUAAACAAGGAGAUCACAGAUUGCAAGAAUGACAAGACCUCGAACAUCAACAUUGAUCUGAUUGAUAACUCUCCGUAUCACUUACGAGGCUCGUUCACUGGGCCAGAGGAUACGCCGUACGAGGGCGGCCACUACGAAGUGGAUAUCGUUAUCCCGGACUCAUACCCCUUCCAACCGGUGAAGAUGAAGUUCAUCACCAAGGUCUAUCAUCCAAAUAUCUCUUCUGCAUCCGGCGCGAUCUGUCUCGACAUCCUCAAGGACGCAUGGUCGCCGGUCCUCACACUCAAGUCCACGCUCAUCUCCCUCCAAUCCUUGCUCUGCAGUCCAGAACCGAAUGACCCUCAAGACGCCGAGGUCGCGAAGCACUACAUGACCAGCCGCUCCAGCUUCAACGAGACGGCACGGUACUGGGCACAAGCGUAUGCGGGUGCGCCUGGAGGUGGGAAGGCUGGCAAGGGUACUGCCGGAGCUCCGCGUGACGAGAUUGCGAUGGCGGGUCUGGAGAAGGCGCACGUGGAGAACUUCGAGGGCAUGGGGUUCGAACGCAGUAAAGUUAUCGAUGUUCUGCGACGGUUGAAUUACCGCGGCGCGAAUGUGGCCAAGAUCAAUGAGAACAGAGUAGUGGAGGAACUUCUGAAGAACUGA